AUGGAGAAAGUCAACUUCACUGUGGUGAUUAAAUUCACUCUCCUGGGGUUUUCCGAAAUGCAGAGUCUUCAGUCAUUAUUCUUUGCUCUCUUUCUAGCUAUUUACCUCUUGACUUUGCUUGGGAACACCAUUAUCCUCCUCACGAUCCGCCUUAGCCCCCAGCUCCAUUCCCCCAUGUACUAUUUCCUCUUUGAGUUGUCCCUCUUGGAUGUCUGUUACUCCAGUACCACAGUCCCCAAAAUGAUCACCGGCUUCAUCAAUGGCUCCCAGAGCAUCUCCUACGAGGGUUGUGUGGCUCAGCUGUAUUUCUUCCACUUCUUUGGGGGCACGGAGGGCUUUCUUCUCACUGUGAUGGCAUUUGACAGAUACGUGGCCAUAUGCAACCCUCUCCGUUACACCAACAUCAUGAGCAAGAUGGUUCUCAGGAAGCUCAUGCUUGGAACGUGCCUUGUUGGAACACUCCAUUCCACCUUUCAGACGGUGCUCACUUUCCGUCUCCCUUACUGUGGUCCCUACACACUUGAACACUACUUCUGCGAUGUCCCUCCUCUGCUCAAAGUAGCUUGUGCUGACACAUCUCUAAACAAAAUAGUUAUCAUGGUGAACGUUGGCAUUGUGGCCCUCAGUUGCUUCCUCUUGAUCCUGGGCUCCUACAUUCGUAUAGUCAUUACCAUUCUCAAAAUGCGAUCUGAGGAGGGGAAGAGGAAAGCUUUCUCCACAUGCACGGCCCACCUCAUCGUCGUCUUGACUCUCUAUGUUCCUUGUGUCCUGAUAUACUUACAACCAGCCACCACCAACUCCAUCCAGAAGGUGAUGGCUGUUUUCUACACCGCCAUCACUCCUGCCUUAAAUCCGCUCAUCUAUUCUUUGAGAAGUGAAGAAAUCAAAAAGGCAAUGAAGAAACUUCUCUUCAGGCAGGUAUUUUCUCUUCAGGAAAAAAAGAGACAGGGAUGA